AUGGCAGAAAGUUUCGAUCUAUUUAUACACCAUGGCGGCUUCUUUAGUUGGGUAGGAAACCAUCAACUAUAUGUUGGUGGUAAGACAUUACUCAGAGAUGGACUAGAUGCCGAUAGGUUUGGUUAUUUUGACCUUGAGGAGGAGGUGCAAAAAUUAGGCUAUGGGGUUUGGGCUGCCAUGAUGUUUCGAACUCCACUGACAGAGGAUUAUUCAAUCAUACGUGAUGACAGUGAUGUGAUGCGAAUGUUAUCACAUUUGUCCCCAAAUCAGAGAACAUUAUCCGUGUAUGUCGAUCAUGGUGUAGAUAUCGCCGAAGAUGCCCCUGUUUUGGAGAUGGAUAACAAUAAUGAGAUUGAGAAACAUCGUGAGAUAAUUGUUGGGGGUGAAGAAAGCUCUGAAGAUGAUGAUUACCAACCAAGUAACCAAGAUGAAACAGAUGAUGACUCUGAGGAUAUAGAGUUAGCAUCUGAGGAUGAAGAAUACCAAUCAGCUCGAAGAAAUUUGAAGAGAAAACCAAUUCCUAGGGAACUCUUUGAUAAAUUGGUGGGUCAAGCUGAGGAGGAUGAAGAACUGGAGGCUGAUAAAGAGCAUGCCGUGUCUGAUUACGAUGAGAGUGAUGGUGAGAUGAAUUCAUCUUCGACUGAGGAUGAAUUUGAGGUAGCAAGGAGGAAGACUAAAAGAGUGAGGUAUGAUCCGAAGCAGAGUCAUAAGGAUCUCAACGUUGUACUCGGGAUGCGGUUUGAGAAUGGCUGGCAAACAAGGGAUGCACUUACUCAGUGUGGAAUAGAGAAUGGAUGGUACCUUCGGUUCAAGAGGGUUAGUGCUACAUUGAUGGAAGCAAAGUGCAGCGCGCCAUGCCAGUGGAGAUGCUACGGUAGUACUACAAAAGGGACUGGUGUCUUCAAGAUUAAGACUGUCAGAGGGACCGAGACUCACAAGACUUGCCCAAGAUACAUGAAUAACAAGCUUGUUACUGCACCUUGGAUUGCAAAGCAGUACUUAAAUGUAUUCCGAGCGAGGCCAGGUAUGACAGUGCUUGAUUUGAAGGAAGAUAUACUGCAUAGGUACUCGGUUAAUGUGACUAAGGCUAGACUAUACAAUGGGAGAGCCUUAGCAUUGCAAAAGUUGAGUGGUUCUGUUGAACAACACUACUCUCACAUGAGAAGAUACAUAGCAGAGUUACAACGAGUUGAUAGGGAAGGCAGAUUCCAGUUGAGGGUAGGUGAUGGGGGUGUAUUUAGGGGAUUGUAUGUGGGUUUUAGUGCAUUGAGGAAGGGAUUCAGCUACGGUUGUCGACCUAUCAUAGGUCUUGAUGGAGCAUUCUUGAAAACUCACUUGGGAUGGAUACUAUUAUGUGCAAUAGCAAAAGAUGGAAACAACCAAAUGUUUCCCAUAUCUUGGGCUGUUGUCGAAGUUGAAAACCAAGAAAAUUGGUCGUGGUUUUUGGAAAUUCUACUGGAGGAACUCCAUAUCACUGAUGGAAAUGGAUUCACUUUCAUAAGUGACCAACAAAAGCAACAUAAGGGAGGCACAUUGAAAAAUCUAUUUUGGAAAGCUUGUAGGAGUACCUACAUCGAGGAGUACAAGGCUGCCCUUGAGGAGAUGAAGCAAGAAAGCGAGGCUGCCCAUGAUAACUUCAUUGAGAGAGGUCCUCAGAAGUUCUGUAAGGCAUUCAUAUCUCUAUCUCCUAUUUCUGAUAUGAUUGAUAACAACGUAUCGGAGACGUUUAAUGGAUAUGUAGUGAAUGCUCGAGGUAAGCUUAUCAUAGAUAUGCUUGAAGAUAUACGUUGUUCGCUAAUGGCGAGGCAGUUUAAGAAGUUGAGCAUACUUGAUAAUUGGAAUGAUACUAUCUGCCCACAAGUUAGGAAAAAACUUGAGUCUUUGAAAGUGCACAGUAGGAACUGUCAAGUACAUCCUGCCAUGGGUGGAAAGUUUGAAGUUCAUCACCAUGAAGACAAGUUUGUGGUUGUAUUAGAGUCUAAGACAUGCACGUGUAGAGUUUGGGACUCAACUGGAAUUCCAUGUGUGCAUGCCGUAUCUGCAUUAGCAUUCUUGAAACAGGAUCCGGCUGCCUACAUUCAUGAGUACUUUAGUGUUGAGAGGUAUAAAAUGGCAUAUGCAUUUGGUUUGGAACCUUUGAAUGGGAAGAAGAUGUGGCCGGACGCUGAGGGCUACACUGUGCUCCCACCACAUAUUCGGAGGAUGCCGGGAAGGCCUAAACUGAAAAGGAAGAGGGAUUCAGAUGAAGUAAACCCCAAUGACACAAACAAGCUCAAGAAGAAUGGAGUUACAAUGACAUGUAGGAGGUGUAUGCAGCCUGGGCAUAACACACGUACAUGUAAAAACGAGCCUGUGGAGAAGCAACCGCGACAAGAUAAGAAGAGAGGCAGGCCUCCUAAAGUGAAGAAGCCUUCAGAACAGAGCAUAGAAAAGGGCACUACAUCCUCAGCCCCAAAAGUGAAGAAGCCUUCAGAACAGAGCAUAGAAAAGGGCUCUACAUCCUCAGCCCCAAAAGCAAAUGAUAAGGUUGUGGCAAGAGAAAGAGCACUAGCAAGAAAGGGUGUUGGCUCCAUUGUGUUUCCAGAUAGGGGUAAAGGAGCAGCUCACAGAGUUCAGUUUGUGAACCCAAGAAGGACAAGAUCGUCGAGUGGAAUUACUUCUGAAAGUGGAACCGCUGAAGUCCCAACUCAAGAAAGCCGACUAUGA